CGUCGCAGCCCCAACUUAACAAACACUUCUGAGAGAUGCAGGCCAAUCAACUCACUCCAUCUCUCCGACCUCAAUUUCCGUCGCCGAUCAAACUUCCUCCGGCGACCAGUAUCCGAUUUCCGCCUUCUCUAAUUCCCAAAGCCAUAUCCAUUCCCUCCCUGAACACUGGCCAGAUAUCGAUCAAUUCUCCUCCGUCGAUCCCCACGGUUGAUGAUUCCAUCGCAGCCUUCUGGGACUACCAGUUCCUCUUCGUUUCACAGCGGACCGAGACGGCGGACCCCACUGUCCUCCACCUGGUUGAAGGUGCCAUCCCCGAAAAUUUCCCCUCCGGCACCUACUACCUCGCCGGACCAGGCCUGUUCUCUGACGACCAUGGCUCUACAGUACACCCCCUGGACGGCCACGGGUACCUCAGGGCAUUCAUUUUCGAGAACAAAAAGGAGGUCAGUUUCAUGGCGAAGUACGUGAGAACGGAGGCGAAGAUGGAGGAGCACGAUCCUGCGACGGACACGUGGCGGUUCACGCAUAGAGGGCCGUUCUCAGUGUUGAAGGGAGGGAGGAAGUUGGGGAAUACGAAGGUUAUGAAAAAUGUGGCGAAUACGAGUGUGCUGCAGUGGGGCGGCCACCUUUUGUGCCUAUGGGAGGGCGGAGAUCCGUACGAGAUUCAGCCGGAGACUCUGGAUACUGUCGGGAAGUUUUCAGGUGUUGACGGUGGCUGUGAUCGUGAUUCGCCAUCCCAGGGCGGACGUCACGGUGCUGGGUUUUGGCGUUUUGCUGCGGAGCUUUUGAAGCCUGUUCUCUACGGAGUGUUCAAGAUGCCACCAAGGAGGCUGUUGUCGCAUUACAAGGUGGACGCUCAAAGGAAUCGCCUCCUCUUAAACUCAUGCAAUGCUGAAGAUAUGCUUCUACCUACCAGUCAUUUCACAUUUUAUGAAUUUGACAGUAAUUUCAAGUUAUUAGAGAAGAAAGAAUUUGUGAUAGAUGAUCACCUGAUGAUUCAUGAUUGGGCUUUUACCGAUACUCAUUACAUCCUCUUUGCUAACAGAAUAAAGCUUGAUCUCUUCGGUGCGAUGGGUGCGGUUAGCGGGGCAUCUCCAAUGAUAUCGGCGCUGGGUGUAAACACAAGCAAAUCCACAUCUCCAGUUUAUUUGUUGCCUAGAUUUGGUGAGCAUCACCCAACCAGAGAUUGGAGACAGCCCAUUCAAAUUCCUUCAAGCCUUUGGCUACUCCAUGUUGGCAAUGCCUUUGAGCUUACCAACCCACAAGGCAACUUGGACUUCCAAAUCCAUGCCUCUGCUUGCUCUUAUCAAUGGUUCAAUUUCGACAAACUAUUCGGUUAUAAUUGGCAGACGGAAAAACUCGACCCGUCAAUUAUGAACCUCAAUGGAACCAAAAGUGAGUUGUUGCCUCGCCUUGUUAAGGUGUCCAUAAGUUUAAGUAAGAAUGGGGAGUGCGAAAAAUGCAGCGUGGAGCCUUUGAACCAAUGGACAAAAGCCUCAGAUUUUCCAGCGAUAAACCCUACAUUCUCAGGGAUGAAAAACAAUUACUUAUAUGCUGCAACUUCCUCCGGUUAUCGGGAAUCAUUACCGUCGUUUCCGUUUGAUACGAUUGUAAAACUUGACACGGUCACGUACACCGCCCGAACAUGGUCUGCGGGUAAUCGGAGAUUCGUCGGAGAACCUGUUUUUGUUCCUAAAGGAGAUGGAGAGGACGAUGGAUAUGUUCUUGUGGUUGAGUACGCAGUAUCAAUACAAAGAUGUUAUCUUAUGAUUUUGGAGGCUAAAAAAAUUGGAGAAGGCGAUGCAGUUGUAGCAAGGCUUGAAGUCCCAAAGCAUCUCAAUUUUCCUCUUGGCUUCCAUGGUUUCUGGGCUGCUAAUACAUAACCCUAAAAAUUUAUUCAACUCUCUUACAUGUAAAUUUAUAAUGUUAUUUUUCACUUUUGAAAUAAAAUUUGUUUAAUAA